GCGGCUCGGCCGCGCAUGGACGCGCGCUCCCGCCUGCACCUAUGCUGCUUGGAGAUGACAACCAAAAGGAAGAUCAUUGGCCGCCUGGUGCCAUGCCGAUGUUUCCGAGGGGAGGAAGAGAUCGUGUCUGUGUUGGAUUACUCUCACUGUGGCCUGCAGCAGGUGCCAAAGGAGGUUUUUAAUUUUGAGAGGACCUUGGAGGAGCUUUACCUUGAUGCCAACCAGAUUGAAGAGCUACCCAAGCAACUGUUCAACUGUCAGGCUUUACGGAAGCUGAGCAUCCCUGACAAUGACCUGUCCAGCCUCCCCACCACCAUCGCCAGCCUCGUGAACCUCAGAGAGCUUGAUAUUAGUAAAAAUGGAAUUCAAGAUUUUCCAGAAAAUAUCAAGUGUUGUAAAUGUUUAACGAUUAUCGAAGCCAGUGUGAACCCCGUGUCCAAGCUGCCAGAUGGCUUCACACAACUUCUAAAUCUGACCCAGCUCUAUCUAAAUGAUGCCUUUUUGGAGUUUCUUCCAGCUAACUUUGGAAGACUUGUCAAAUUGCGAAUUUUGGAGUUAAGAGAAAACCACUUGAAAACUCUACCAAAGUCAAUGCACAAACUGACUCAGCUGGAGAGACUUGAUCUGGGCAAUAAUGAAUUCUCUGAACUGCCUGAGGUUCUUGAACAAAUUCAGAAUCUAAAGGAACUGUGGAUGGACAAUAAUUCUCUGCAAGUGCUACCUGGGUCUAUAGGGAAGUUAAAACAGCUCGUGUACCUGGAUGUGUCCAAAAACAGGAUAGAAACUGUGGAUUUGGACAUCUCGGGAUGUGAAGGGCUUGAGGAUCUCCUGUUGUCAUCCAACAUGCUGCAGCAGCUGCCAGAUUCCAUUGGGCUGUUGAAGAGGCUGACAACUUUGAAAGUAGAUGACAACCAGCUCACAAUUCUGCCCAAUGCCAUUGGAAAUUUGUCUUUGUUAGAAGAAUUUGACUGCAGCUGCAAUGAAUUGGAGUCCCUGCCCUCCACCAUCGGGUACCUCCACAACCUGAGGACCUUGGCUGUGGAUGAGAAUUUCCUCCCGGAGCUGCCCAGAGAAAUUGGAAGCUGUAAAAACGUUACGGUGAUGUCUCUGCGCUCCAACAAGCUGGAAUUUCUUCCCGAUGAAAUUGGGCAGAUGCAGAAGUUGAGAGUGUUAAACCUGAGCGAUAACAGACUGAAGAAUUUACCCUUCACUUUUACUAAACUCAAAGAACUUGCAGCUUUGUGGCUUUCUGACAACCAGUCCAAGGCUCUCAUCCCGCUGCAGACGGAGGCACAUCCUGAAACCAAGCAGCGAGUGCUGACCAACUACAUGUUCCCCCAGCAGCCCCGCAGUGAUGAAGAUUUCCAGUCGGACAGUGACAGUUUUAACCCCACUCUGUGGGAGGAGCAGAGGCAGCAGCGCAUGACUGUGGCAUUUGAGUUUGAAGACAAAAAGGAAGAGGAGGAAAACCCAGGGAAAGUUAAAGUUGAAAUAAAUCUAAAACGUUACCCCACUCCCUACCCGGAGGAUUUAAAGAAUAUGGUCAAAUCAGUCCAAAACCUGGUGGGCAAACCCAGCCAUGGAGUGCGGCCCGAGAACUCUGCACCCGCUGCCAACAGUGACCAAGGGGUGAAAGACAAGUAUGAGCACAAAUGGCCCAUGACACCCAAGGAGAUUUCAGUGGAGGUUCAAGAUAAAGAAAAUAAAGAAUUCCCAAAGAAUCCCCUGUCUGAGACAGAGAACACUCAGGAAUCACCUCUGGAAGCCUCAGACAGGGAGGAGAAAGCCGAGGGCACCAAGAGUUCAGAGGAUGCCUUUGGACAUCCUGCCAGUGAGAUGAGGAUAGGGGAGCUCCGUCCUUCCAUGCCUGAGACUCCGUUGUACCCCCCCAAACUCGUUCUGCUGGGUAAAGACAAGAAAGAGUCGACAGAUGAGUCUGAAGCAGAUAAGAUCCAUUGUCUGAAUAACAGCGUUUCCUCAGGCACUUACUCAGACUAUUCCCCUUCCCAGGCUUCCUCAGGGUCCUCCAAUGCGCACGUUAAAAUGGGCUCCUUGCAGACAACGGCUAAAGAAGCAGUGAAUAACUCUCUGUGGGGGAACAGGUUGGCACAGUCGUUCCCACAGCCCCUGGAGACCAAGCCAUUGCUGAGCCAGCGGGAAUCAGCUCCAGCCGGGAACCUGCCGGCGCGGCCGGAACGGCGCCCGCUGAGCGACACGUUCACCGAGGGCUGGACCGACAGUUCCCACUACGACAACACAGGGUUUGUGGCCGAGGAAAGCACGGUGGAGAACCCCAGCACCAACCCCCUGCUCACCACCAAAUCGAGGAGCUCAUCUGCACACGGGCGCAGGCCACUGAUCCGACAGGACAGGAUAGUUGGCAUCCCUCUGGAGCUGGAGCAGCCGACGCUCAGAAACACACAUGAAUCUGAAGUGCCUCCUCCCAAUCCUUGGCAAAAUUGGACCAGAACCCCUAGUCCCUUUGAAGACAGGACAGCUUUUCCUUCCAAACUGGAAAGCACCCCCACCACCAGCCCUUUGCCUGAGCGGAAAGAUCAUGUCAAAGAGUCUCCUGAAAUGACAAGUACUUUCCCUCCAGGAAUAGCAUGGGAAUAUCACGACUCAAACGCUAACAGAAGUCUCACAAACGUCUUUUCCCAUAUCCACUGUCGCCCAGAUCCUUCCAAAAACGUCAUUUCCAUCAGCAAGAGUACAGAGCGGCUUUCCCCAAUGAUGAGGGAUUUAAAAACGAACAAGUUUAAGAAGUCUCAGAGUAUCGAUGAGAUAGACAUUGGUACAUACAAGGUGUACAACAUCCCCCUAGAAAACUAUGCAUCCGGGAACGAUACUGUAGGGCCUCACGAGAGGGUGGACAAGCUGCUGGGCCCGGAGCAUGGCAUGCUGAGCAUGUCCCGCAGCCAGUCUGUGCCCAUGCUGGACGACGAGCUGCUGACCUAUGGCAGCGUCAAGGUGCAGCCGCAGCAGAAAUCGUCUGUCACCAAGAAAGUCUACCAGUUUGACCAAAGCUUCAACCCCCAGGGUGCUGUGGAGGUCACGGCUGACAAGAGACUCCUGCCGCCCUUCCAGCUCAACCCUGAAUACAUCCCCCAGCCACCCAAAAACCUGCCCCAGGAGCUGGUGAGCCCGCGGGGGUACCGCGGGUAUGCACCCGUGGAGCCCAUGUUCUCCUUCUCGCAACCCUCGGUGAGCGAGGAGCCUGUGGGGCCCCCCUUUGGCAGCCAGGGCACACGGCCAGGCUUCCUGCGCAGGGCGGAUUCCCUGGUCAGCUCCACCGAGAUGUCCAUGUUCCGCAGGGUCAGUGAGCCCCAGGAGCUGCCCCCGGGCGACAGGUACGGCCGGGCCCCGUUCCGCGGGGUGGCCGAGCGCCAGAGCGGCAUGGCCGUGCCCGAGGCACAGUUCCUCAAGCGCAACGGGCGCUACGAAGAUGAGCUCCCUUCCUACCAGGAGGUGAAAGCCCAGACUGGGAGCUUCCCAGUUAAAAACCUCACGCAAAGGAGGCCCUUGUCCGCACGAAGCUACAGUACAGAGAGCUAUGGCACAUCCCAAACCCGGCCCGUCUCAGCGAGGCCGACAAUGGCAGCGCUGCUGGAAAAGAUUCCGUCAGACUAUAACUUGGGUAACUAUGGCGACAAGCCUUCCGAUAACAGUGAUAUAAAGCCAAGGCCUCCCCCUGGGAAGGGAAAUGAGAGCUGUGCUAAAAUGCCCGCUGACUGGAGACAACAGCUACUUAGACAUAUAGAAGCUAGAAGGUUAGACAGGACCGCUGCUUACAAACACCACACAGUUAGCCUUGGCAUGCUGCACUCUGGAGGGGUUUCAGCAAUGCAUGCCGGCCGAAGCAUGACUUUAAACUUGCAGACUAAAUCUAAAUUUGAAAACCAAAUGCUUCAAGAGCUACCUCUACCGAAAACCCCAUCGCAGCAGAGCAGCAUCCUGGACAACGGGCAGGACGAGGUGUCCGUGGGCAGCCAGUGGAACCCGUACCCGCUGGGGCGGCGGGAUGUGCCCCCCGACACUGUCACCAAGAAGGCAGGUAGCCACAUCCAGACCCUCAUGGGAUCCCAGAGCCUGCAGCACCGGAGCCGGGAGCAGCCCUACGAGGGGAGCAUGAACAAGGUCACCAUCCAGCAGUACCAGCCACCGCUGCCCAUCCAGAUCCCGGCAGCCCAGAGCUCCCGAGCCCCCCAGACCGGGCGGUGCCUCAUCCAGACCAAGGGCCAGCGGAGCACCGACGCCUACCAGGAGCAGUUUUGUGUGAGGAUAGAGAAGAAUCCUGGCCUGGGGUUUAGUAUCAGUGGUGGAAUAAGUGGACAAGGAAAUCCAUUCAAACCUUCCGAUAAGGGUAUCUUUGUUACUAGGGUUCAGCCUGACGGCCCCGCGUCCAGCCUGCUCCAGCCCGGGGACAAGAUCCUGCAGGCCAAUGGACACAGCUUUGUACAUAUGGAACACGAGAAGGCUGUGCUUCUACUGAAGAGUUUCCAGAACACAGUAGACCUUGUUAUUCAACGUGAGCUUACUGUCUAAAUAUUUUUUUAUAAAUAGUAAAUAUGUCUAGCCAGAUCUAAUGUUCAAACAGAUUUAUACAUAGGAAACCAAUUUUUUGCCAAUUGCUGGACCAAUGGCAAACAGUAGUGCCAAAUGUAUAAUACUCUAUGUUAGUACCAAUCAUCGGGAAAAAUAUAUUAACUAUAUAAAUAUAUUGUUCAUGUGGCUCCGUAUUAGUUUUACUUGUCAGCCUCUGGCUGUGCAUUGGUGCGUUUUUUUAAUCAAGUUACUUCUUAAAGUCGAUUUCAUAUAAUUUCAGAACACAAAAGCACAUACAAAUCCUUUAGGAAUUCUGCUGUCCAUCAGAAACACUGCCUCAGAGUUGUAUAUGCCUUUAUAAAGAUGAACUAUAUUAACCUGUACUUCCCAUGAAAUAUUUCUAUCAUGUCACAUACAAAAGUAUAGAGAAAAAAAUAUUUUCAUAAACACCUCAAAGAAAGUAUAUAUUAAAUUAAAUUUAAUAAUGUUCAUUUAUUUUCAAUGCAAAGAUAUUCUAUGCCUUAUGAAAAUACCUGUACAUAUGCCGUGUGUAUAGUUGGCUCCGUAGGGAUCAGGAACAAUUCAUAUACAGGGUGAGAGACUUCUGAAAUUGAACUCUGGGACCUCGGUACAAAAACCCACAUGGAAAUGGGUGAACUUCCUUUGGAAUGGGUUAAAACUUCCUUUAGGAUGUGUUAACUUCCUUUGGAAUGGGCCAGGUCGGAUGGACCUUGGAGUGACCUGGUCUAGUGGAAGGUGUCUCUGCCCAUGGCAGGGGAUGGAAUGGGAUGAGCUCUAAGGUCCCUUCCAAGCCAAACCAUUCUAUGAUUCUAUGAUUCUGACUUCCUUUGGAAUGGGUUAACUCCCUCUGGAAUGGGUUAAUCCCUUUGGUUUGGCACUUCCCAUGGAUUCCAUGUGCACACACUACAGGAGAACCCCGAGGACAGGCAGGUUUGGCGCACAGAUGGAGGAAGGUUGUGAUGGUGGCAGUAAAACUUCUUUUGUUGCUGCUAAUUUUAUUAUUUCACUUUUUUAAUUUCCAAUUCGAGGCCCUUUACUCACAUCCCCCAUUCCCAUGGACAUUGUUGUGUAUCUUCACUGGCUCCAGGCUGGGCCGGGCCCUGCUUGGGAUAUUCCCAUCGGAGAGGCUUUAUGUGAUCCUUGAUUUGAUCAGGAGUCCUUUACAGGGAAUGGGAGUAGGUUUGAGAGCUGACACAUCCCAGGGAACAGCAGGUGACACUGAGUGACACCAAGCCAGCCUGGGAGGAGCAUUCCCAGCUCAGGGCACAGUGUGACAACCUCUCAGGUCCAAGUCCUGGUGCUGCUCCCAACAAAGAGAGUCCUGACAGCUGCUGGUGGUUCAGGGCUCCAGCACGGUUACACCUGAUAGCAAGAUGAAAAAACACAGGGAAACCUCCCUUCAGGUAUUUUCAGGGGAUCCCAUUUCCCUGAGAAAGGGCUGAGGGAGAGCUGGCACCGGGCUUGUCUGUGGCUGGACUCAUUCCCACCCAAAAAUCCCACAUCCAAGGGUGCAGCCACAGCCCACAGACACAGCCAGGAAUAUUCCACUUUGCUGCCUCCAAGAGCCACUAGGAAUUCCUAAACCUUCCCUCCCUGGCUGUGGGACCUUUUGGAGCUUUGCUGGGAGAGGAGGGACAGAGCUGAGCCCUGGAGAGCUGAGGGGUCCCCCUACACAGGGAGUCCUGCACAGGGCGAUGAUGGGGGAGGGAAAAAAGAAAGCAAAAAAGCUGCUUUCAAAAUGCUUUUUUAAAAUUUUUUGAGGAAAAAGCCCAGCCCAGACCCCAGGAAGCCUCCAAGACCCCCCUUUUCCCAGUGCCAGCUCACAGUUCGUAUCCAGGUGAUGACAAACUAUGGGAGUUAUCAGCCAGGUGUUCCAACAGCAACAAUUUAACAUCUUCAGAUCUUGCUUUUCGAGAUGUUUUAUAGCACAUCCACAUCUGCAUCUGUGUUUGGUGGCAGUGCCGGCCCCUGGGAGGGAACAGGAGAUGCCAACUGGGGUGGCUGUGCCCAGCCAGUGGCUCUGAGCAGGGACCAAGCAGGACAAUAGUGGGGGUGAAUGGGGCAGCUGAGAGCAGAGACAAGGAAAUCCAAGGAAAAUCCAAGGAAAAAAGGAGUAUGGAAUGUCCAGGAUGUUGGUUUGCUGCUGUUAGUGAGCACUUGGAGUGC